AUGUGCGAUUAUACUCAGGUUGAGUUUCGUUGUGGUCACGUUCGUUAUACAGUGAGGGCAUGGUGUAUCAAUUAUGAGACGACACAUCGUCGCUGUCCACCUAAUGUUGUGGCCGUAGAGUUUAGGUUGGGCGAAUCAGAAAUGUGUGGAGACUGUAAGCAUGUGGGAGAGAUGCCAGAAUGGUACUCCAGAAUCACGAAGAAAACGGCUCGAAUUCAUGUAUGA